AUGUCGGCCACGAUCAACAAGGAGCAGUCCUCAAGCAGUCCCGAGACGGAAUGGAUUAAAAUCGAAUUUCAAUUCGAACUCAGCCCCGGCGAGGUCCCUAUUGGCAAUCUUGAAGCUUCUUCGGAUCAUUCUCCUGCAAGUUUUCCCCUUACACAUCCAAUUGACAAUGUGUUGUACGACAAUGUCGAAACUCUCGACAUUUCUAAUUGGAACGACGAUGUGAGAGCCGACCAGACAGCAUUACUUCCCACUGAGUUCAACCAUGCAAAAGUUCCGAACUGGAAUUACAAUUCAACAGGCGACACAGCAACCACCUCCUUGGAUUCAUUCAUGAACUUCCAGAAUUUUAUAUCAUUUGAGCCAAAAGCGACCUCAAGUGAUACUAGGUAUCUUCAGGGUCUCUGGGAUGGAAUCGAUGCGGCCAUCAAUGUACACGGCCAGUAA